CGGUAGUCAGGAGAUGGGGGGUUAGAAAUGUCACAUAAGAAGCUAAGUACCGCGUGCGAUUUGAAGAGUUUUUUGGUUCAGAGUCUAGUCAUUACUGCAUCUGUUCCCGGAACCAUACAUAUAUCUUGAAUCUCUCCACCUCGAACUACCUACCUAUAAUCACCCAGUUACAUCAACACAACCUCACUCCCACUCUACACGAAUCGAUCAACUCACCAUCACCGCCACAAUGCCGAGCCCCUCCGAAGCCUUCAUCGCCCUCACAAAACUACACGGCACCGUCCUGGAACCCACUAUCCGCGCCGCCUUCGAAGCCCUCCCACCCAUCACCGACCCCGCCUUCCUCUACGGCGAAUGGACAGGCGGCAGCUUCGAGAACGACCACCCGGGCCACGCAACGCUAAAAUCGAUGCGCUGGGCGGGCAAGAACUUUCGCGAUGUCAACGACGUGGACCCGAUUGUCGUGUACGACGACCAGGGAAAGCGGGCGGUGGGCGAGGCGUUCGGGGCGAGCUCCGCGCGGCUGAGGAAAGUGGAGCUGUGGGGAAAAUUGAGUGUGGCGAUGGUGUAUGAUAAGAAUCCGAUUAUUGAUCAGUUUCGGUUUGUGGGCGAGGAUUUGGUGGCGGGCGCGAUGGAUGUGAAGCCGGAUACGGGACGGGUGUAUUAUUUUUAUUUGAAGAGGAAUAAGAAUGGGGAGGGAGAGAAGUUGUAAGAGGAGUUGAGUGGAAGGUUGAGAUGAAAGGGCGGAGUGUUGAAAGCUGAGUAGCGAAACAGAUGACGAAGGUGAAGUAUUGGAAACUUGAGUAGAGCAACACAGAAGCAGUAGUGCUUAUAUGAAGAAGCUUUUUCUAGUCCAGUUGGAGCUUCAAUUGAAUUGAUAGAAGGAAAUUAAGACAGCCAUUGGAGAAGUAAGAAGGCCUAUUCCGGAG